UUGCAGCAGUGGUUUUUGGAAGUGGCAGGCUGCGAUCUGCGAAUAGAUGCACUUCCCUCUAGAAGUGUUGUCAGCUGUGCAGUGCAGGAAAACCCUCCCUGCAAACUGGUGCUCUGUGGCAGAGAUGCCUCUCCAAGCAUCCAAUAAAGCCAAAGUCUCCUGCAGUGUCUUUCCAGCGAGGCAGAGCCGUGUGAGUCUCAAAAGAUGUAUUUGAGACUCGGUGAGGAUUGCUCAGAGCUAAGCGUGUAACCGUGUGCUGUAUCUUCUUACUCUGUUUUGACAAGGUGAAGUGGUUCACAUGGGAGGCAAGAUUGCCAGUCUUGUCACCAACAAUGGGAGUGAACAGCUAAUAAAUAAUGAGGAUGUGUUCGUGAUGAUUAGCCAGGCAUGUUGGUAAUAGUUCUCUCAGAGCAGUGUGACUGAAAUUUUAUCUCAUUAUGUGGAGGAGAGGGAGUUGGAGGAAGAUUGCUAGGCUGUUGUUUUCUUGCUUUUUUUUUUUAUCUGCUAAGAAAUAAAACUGCUCAAGGUAAGCUCAAAAGGGCAUGUGUUAUGUAAAGUGCUGGUCUUAGCAGUGAUGGUGAUGUAGGAAUCCUUCAGGCUAGUGCUUGUCACAGGUGACCUGAAGCGUAGGGUAGGUGUCAGCAGGGAGGAGGAGCUAGCGCCCUGGGAUCAGGGCACCUGGCAGCAGUGCCUAAGCAGCUGGAGGAUCCUGCUGCAUUUGCUAAGGGCACGCAGCAUGGUCCACGCCGGCCUUUUGCCAGCCUGCAGUCAGUAUCGAGGUCCCGCUGUUCUUUGCUCUGAAGUGCUCAGUCACGUGAGACGUUGGGGUAGGCUGUGGAGGGGAAGGAUCCAAAGCAUCGUAGUUCUAGCUCGCUGCCUGUGUUGGGUGGGAUGAAGGAGGGAUACUUCCCUCCCUCCUCUCCUCCACUGUGUUUUCUUGGUGCUGAACCUCUCAUUGGGCUGCAUCAGUCUAAAACUUCAUUCUCAAUAGUAAGGUGGAAAGGCAGGUUUAAACUAAAAUAGCGUGAGAAUGACUUCCCUCAGCAGUGUUUAGCCAUCUGCUAGGUCAGGCUUUAUAUCCAGUCCAUUGCUCAGGCUUGGGUUCUUUCCAGAAGAAAUGUGAAUCUCGUCAGUUUGUAAGGAACGUGUUUUGGGAGUCUGUACUCCUUACUCCUUGGGAAAACAGUGUUAUCUGCUGAACUCCUAUAAACAUUUUAGAAACUGCUACUGGAAAUGAAAAUUGUCUCUUUCAUUGUCACAUUGUGCUCCAGGUUCAAACAUACGAAGUUUUCAAAAUAUAGUUAAAAGCUAAAAGCUGAUUUUUAAGUCUGUCGAUUUACCUGCCCCACCGUGUGACCUCUCUUUCCAGUACGGGCUUAAUGCUUAUGUCAGCUAACAUUAAAUUGGUCUUCUCUGGUCCGUACUGCGCCAGUGCUAGAAAUGGAGGUGAGAAGCAGGAGCUCUUGACAAAGCUGACAGGAGGAAACUAGGAGAAAUACGAAAUGGGAAAAUUCAUCAAUUCCCUUUGCGAGUGCAGUGAUGCCCUUAAUGAGAAUUGGCACAACUUCGCUUACGGUUCCAAGAAGCAUCAGAGUGAAGGAAGGAGUAACUGAGCCUUGGGAGAAGACACUGAAGCUGUUUGAUGGGUAAAUGUUCCUCUCCUAAUUUCGGUUCACCUCUCCUGGGGAUGUAUGCUGAUGCUCAGAAUGGAAAACUUGGAGUGAUUGUUGGACUAAACAGCUUGCUGUGAUGUGGACUUCCCAGCAGAUAUUUACAGAGGACAGUGGUCUGUAGUCCGAGAACAGAGUGCUGCUUAGCACUAGAGAAGAACACCCUCUUUUCAUUUUUUUUCUGAUUCUGCUGGAAGAGCAAAUGAUCGCAGGUGGCUUCCCUCUUGAUUUGUUUGGGUGCUUGAAGCAAAAUCCUGUCUGAGGAGGCGUCCAGGAAUAGACAGGGUUUGGAAGUUCUGGCCAUGGAUCAAAAAGGCUAUCGACGAGGAAGUUUCCAGAGCAGCACCAGCGAUGAAGAUAUGCUAGAAAUAGCAGGAGCAUCUCUGGACUUCCCCAUGGCUGAUGAUGACCCACCACUCGACAGAGAGAUGGGAGGAUUUUCCUCAUAUAAUGGAGGAGAGAUGAACGGCACAAGCAAAAUGAUGGAUUUCCUGGAGGAACCUCUUCCUGGUGUGGGGACCUAUGAAGAUUUUAACACUAUAGAUUGGGUGCGAGAGAAGUCCAGGGACCGGGACAGGCACAGAGAGAUUACCAGCAGAAGUAAAGAGUCAACAUGGGCCCUGAUACACAGUGUGAGCGAUGCUUUUUCUGGCUGGUUGUUGAUGCUGUUCAUUGGGUUGUUAGCAGGUUCCUUAGCAGGUCUGAUAGACAUUUCUGCCCACUGGAUGACAGAUUUGAAAGAAGGAGUGUGUUUAGCAGGCUUCUGGUUUAACCAUGAACACUGCUGCUGGAAAUCAAACACUACCUUUACAGACAGAGACAAGUGUCCCGAAUGGAAGAGCUGGUCACAGCUUAUUAUUGGCCAUGGAGAGGGGGCUUUUGCAUACAUUCUCAACUACUUGAUGUAUGUUAUCUGGGCUUUGUUAUUCUCCCUUCUUGCUGUGUUACUUGUGAAGGGCUUUGCUCCUUAUGCCUGUGGCUCAGGAAUUCCAGAGAUCAAAACUAUCUUAAGUGGUUUCAUCAUUAGAGGCUACUUGGGCAAGUGGACGCUGAUCAUCAAAACCAUUACCUUAGUGUUGGCGGUGUCCUCUGGCCUGAGCUUGGGAAAAGAGGGCCCCCUGGUGCAUGUUGCCUGCUGCUGUGGAAAUAUUUUGUGUCAUCUCUUCACCAAGUACAGGAAGAAUGAAGCCAAGCGCAGAGAGGUUUUAUCAGCAGCUGCAGCUGCUGGUGUGUCUGUAGCUUUUGGUGCACCGAUUGGAGGAGUGCUCUUUAGUCUGGAAGAGGUCAGUUACUAUUUUCCUCUCAAGACACUGUGGCGUUCCUUCUUUGCUGCUCUGGUGGCUGCCUUUACUUUGCGCUCCAUCAAUCCUUUUGGGAACAGCCGCCUGGUUCUCUUCUACGUGGAGUUUCACAUGCCAUGGCAUCUUCUGGAGCUUGUGCCAUUUGUCCUCUUGGGAAUAUUUGGUGGGCUUUGGGGAGCUUUCUUCAUUCGCAGCAACAUUGCUUGGUGCAGGCGACGUAAGACAACCAAACUUGGUAAAUACCCUGUGCUGGAGGUGUUUGUAGUGACUGCCAUCACAGCCAUCCUGGCCUUCCCUAAUGAGUAUACCAGAAUGAGCACCAGUGAGCUGAUCUCUGAACUCUUCAAUGACUGUGGGAUUUUGGACUCUUCCAAGCUCUGUGAGUAUGUGAAUGACUUCAACAGCACCAAAGGGGAUGACCUGCCAGACCGAGCUGCUGGCCCAGGAGUUUACACAGCCAUGUGGCAGCUGGCUUUGGCCCUUAUAAUGAAAGUCUUCAUCACAAUCUUCACCUUUGGCAUGAAGGUCCCUUCAGGGCUCUUCAUCCCAAGCAUGGCAGUAGGUGCUAUAGCAGGAAGAUUGCUAGGAGUAGCAAUGGAGCAGCUGGCCUUUUACCACCAUGACUGGGUCAUCUUCAGUGGCUGGUGCAGUCAAGGAGCUGACUGUAUCACUCCAGGCCUAUAUGCAAUGGUUGGGGCUGCGGCAUGUCUAGGAGGGGUGACCCGAAUGACUGUGUCACUAGUGGUCAUUAUGUUUGAGCUCACGGGUGGACUGGAAUACAUAGUUCCUCUGAUGGCAGCAGCCAUGACCAGCAAGUGGAUGGCUGACGCUAUUGGGCGGGAAGGCAUUUACGAUGCCCAUAUUCGUCUCAAUGGCUACCCUUUCUUGGAAGCCAAGGAGGAGUUCUCGCACAAGACACUUGCAAUGGAUGUAAUGAGACCACGGAGGAAUGAUCCUCCUCUGACUGUCAUUACUCAGGACAGCAUGACAGUAGAAGAUGUUGAGACCAUAAUCAAUGAAACUACGUACAGUGGCUACCCAGUGGUGGUGUCACGGGAGUCCCAAAGACUCGUUGGAUUUGUUCUCAGGAGAGACCUCAUCAUUUCAAUCGAAAAUGCCCGGAAGAAGCAGGAUGGAAUUGUGAGCACUUCAAUUAUUUAUUUCACUGACCACUCUCCUCCACUGCCUCCAAGCUUCCCCUCUAUGCUGAAACUCAGGAGCAUCCUGGAUCUCAGUCCUUUUACAGUGACAGACCAAACACCCAUGGAAAUUGUCGUGGAUAUAUUUCGCAAGCUUGGAUUGCGCCAGUGCCUGGUUACUCAUAAUGGGAAGCUACUUGGAAUCAUUACCAAAAAGGAUGUACUAAAGCACAUUGCACAGCUGGCUAACCAGGACCCAGAUUCUAUACUCUUCAAUUAAUGGCAGACUAGUAGGUGUUGUGUGUUAAACACAAAAGAAACUUUAUAGAAGAACCUGGAUAUUCUUUCCUAUUUUUAUUGAGACCUUGGAACUAAUUUCAGCAUUUCCUUUCAUGGAGCUGAAGAAGAUAAUUUUUUUUCUACAAGAUAACCAAUUGCACUACAUAGUCUGUGGAAAAUUAAUCUUCUUUUUAGAAGAAAAAAGACUACGUUGCUUUUGUGAAGUUGCAUUGGAAAGAUUCCAUGAAGAAGUAAAAGCAAAAUGCUACAGAAUUAUCUCUCUUCUUUUUACUUUAUCUGAAUUCUUGUUACUAAUGUGGGGAGGAAAGACAAGGUGUAUACCUUCAGAAAUUUUGAAGGCAGAUGAUUUUUGCACACAGUAUUAAGGUGGUGGCGGAAGGAUACAGUUGUAACUCAGGGGCAGUGUAUUUCCAGUGAGCCAAUUAGUGAAAAUAAGAACCUUGUACAGUCAAAAAAAAAAAAAAAAAAAAAAACUUAAAAUUGUCAGGUGGUUCUGUAACAAAUUCCAUAUAAGAGCUCAACUCCUCAAUUAUUGAUAUUGGCUAGCUAAGAAUGUUUUGCUGAGAGAAGGAAAAAAAAUCCCCCAGCAGACCAGUUGUCUUAAGACUGGAUUCACUUUUCAAUUGGGAAAAAGUUUAUUUUGAUUAAUCUUCUGUGAAUGUAUUUAAUUACUGUCUGAUGCUAGCUUGCUAGGAGAAUCCCGAGUAGGAGACAGGAAGAGUAAACAGUUGUAUUCUUGUCAUGCUCUCUUUUUUUUAGAUAUGUGCAUAAGGAUUUCUUCUUGAUUUCUCUUGAGCAUGUAAUUAAAAUUGCACAGACUGAAUCCUAAAUUUCUGGCUUUACUGCACUUCUGAGUAAAGUCUGAUCAUAUUAGUUAUUGUGCAACUGACCUCUUCCUUAAUCAGCAGUGUCUUAUGUUGCUGAGGAUGUCUUAAUGGAGACUCCUGGGCCCAGAAUGUUUACAUGGAUGCAUUUUUUUGUUCCCUGCUACUCUCUUCAGCCCUGCACCAAACUCAGGCUCGGAUCCUGGCUCUAGGAUUGAGAACACUGCCACUUUAUGUAUGUUUGCCACUCGAUGUCUCUUGUUUCACUAACUAUGCAAUAAGAACCCUGCCUGACAACUGUCAGCAACAUAACUUGUUCCUGAGAGUUGCUCCGUUCCAAGUCUGUGCUCCUUGAAUCCCUGUUCCAAUUAAUUUUCUGUUAAUAAAAUUGUGACAGUUAACUGGAA